GACUCACAGCCGGUAUUGAUGCACGCAUUAGCUAGCUGCCGUUAUACUUAUGCAGACUGAUACACAUCUGCUUUAGCAUCUUUAUUGAUACCUUGUAAACGCAUCUGUGCUUGCAAAAAUGACAACGUUGUCUUUGCUUAUGACAACCAUUUCGUUGGCAGUAAUAGCUGCGGAAUCGUCCGUGUAUUUUCGAGAGCAAUUUGAGGACGGAGAUAACUGGAAAACCCAAUGGGUGGAAUCCAAGCACAAAUCAGACUAUGGGAAGUUUGUGCUUUCUGCCGGCAAAUUUUAUGGAGAUGCGGAGAAGGACAAGGGCCUGCAGACCAGUCAGGACGCUCGCUUUUACUCCGUGUCAUCCCGGUUCAAGGACUUCAGCAACAAGGACCAACCACUGGUAGUGCAGUUUACAGUCAAACAUGAGCAGAGCAUAGACUGUGGUGGAGGCUACAUUAAGCUUUUCCCCUCUGACCUCAAUCAAGAAGACAUGCAUGGAGAUUCCACAUACAAUCUUAUGUUUGGUCCUGAUAUCUGUGGCCCUGGCACCAAAAAGGUUCAUGUGAUCUUCAAUUACAAGGGCAAGAAUCAUUUGAUUAACAAAGAUAUCAGGUGCAAGGAUGACGAAUACACCCACUUGUACACGCUUAUUGUUAAUCCUGACAACACAUAUGAGGUGAAGAUUGACAAUAAGAAGGUGGAAUCUGGAUCUUUGGAGGCUGAUUGGGACUUCUUGCCACCAAGGAAGGUCAAAGAUCCUGACGCCAAGAAGCCAGAAGACUGGGACGAGAGGGAGAAGAUUGAUGAUCCUGAUGACAAGAAACCCGAGGACUGGGAUAAGCCUGAGAACAUUCCGGAUCCUGAUGCCAAGAAACCUGAUGACUGGGAUGAUGAGAUGGAUGGAGAAUGGGAGCCUCCCAUGGUCACCAACCCUGAGUACAAUGGUGAGUGGAAGCCAAAGCAGAUUGACAAUCCUGCCUACAAGGGUAAAUGGGUGCACCCGGAGAUUGAUAAUCCUGAAUAUACUCCUGAUCCUGAGAUCUACAAAUAUAAUAGCAUAGCAGUAAUUGGUCUGGACCUGUGGCAGGUGAAGUCUGGUACAAUUUUCGACAACUUCUUAAUUACCAAUGACCCAAAACUAGCAGAAGAGGUUGGAAAUGAGACAUGGGGAGCAACAAAGGAUGCUGAGAAAAAGAUGAAGGACAGUCAAGAGGAGGAGGAAAGAAACAAACGUGAAGAAGAGGAAAAGAAAAGAAGGGAAGAGGCAAAGGAUGAUGAGGAGGAAGAGGACAAGGAUGAAGACGAGGAAGAAGAUGAUGAUGAUGAUGAUGAUGAUGAUGAUGAAGAAGAGGGAGAGGAGGAUGAGGAAGAAGAAGAAACAGACUCUAAACUCAAAGAUGAGUUGUAAAACUUAUGAAGAAAGAGGAACUGAUUAAGAAAUUCCUUGACUCAUGGUACAAUGGAGAGUAUGAUAGCAGCUGGACUAUUGUGGACAUUCCUUUGUCUCCAAGAUAUUUGACUGAAAUGUUCUGUUCUGAUGGUGCAAAAAGUAUUCAUAACUUAAUUGUUCAUCAAGCUUUGUUUUUUGCCAAGUAUGUCCCAAACAUCCCAAUAUGUCCCAGCAGGGGUGGUAUGCAGAGAAACUGAUCUAAAGGGAAUUGUCUGUGUGUGUGAGUCUUGUUUUAAAGAAAAAAGGUUUACACACAUGCAAAAAAUAGUGAUGGAUUGGGAGCAUUAUCCAGUAUGAGUAGAAGGUUUGUGUAACUUCAAAAAUACAAACAGGAAAUAUAUCCCACAACACUAAUAGUUUAAAAACACUAAAACCAUUUCUCAACAUUUGAAGUAAUUCUGUAAAAUGUAUGGAGCCACAUAGAAUUAAACUGAACAUGUUUAGUUCAUUUUUUCUUUUCUUUUUUUCCCCGCCUUUUAUCAUGUAGCAUUGGUGUUCUGUUCUUACUGAGUACUGUUACUGCAUACAUCUGAUAAGGUUCAUCUUGUAAUUUUGUAAAGUAGGGUUCUAAUGGAUUGCUGCUCAUUGCUUGUGUGUAUGAAGGAGAGAGCAACAGAUUGAAGAGAACUGGUCCUUGCAUGUCCUGUUUCCUUUCAUUUCCAGCUCUAAUCUAAAGCUAGCAUUUGACAUUGAGUGGUCUAGAAAUGUCAAGUGAAGUUCUUCUGCAGUCUUGUUUACAGACAUGUCUGCUGUUUUAUUCUUAAACAGAAACUUCACAGCCGUUGUGAAAAUGCACUGCUGUAGACUAAACGGGAAGGGAAUACCACAAAGCUGAUUUUAUGGGUAAUAAGUGAAGCAAGAUUGAGAUCUAUAAAUAUAUUGCAGCCCAAGAAUGUCUUUAGUUUUACCAGAAGUUAGGGUGCUCUCCCAUAGAUCCUGCUUUGCAGUUCUAACUGAAUGUGACUCAGCUUUGUUGUAUAUCCUUCAUAUUUAUCCAAGCAAAAUACGUUUGAAACUAUUAAGAUAUUUUGUACUUGUGGCUUUUGUUGUUGUUGUUUUUUGUUUGUUUAGGGGGGUGGGGUUGGGAGAAUGUUAAAAUCACAAUUUUAGAGAGAGCUGGUAUGGAUGUUGGCCUUGUGUAUAAAAGAGAUACAAAGUCUAUUA